AGCCACUGCAAGGAAAAAAAGGGGGAACGACAGAAGAAGAAAAGAACUUGGAGGAUAGCACAGGAAUGAAGUAUCAAACUGCUACUCAGAGUAAAUCUCUAUUAGAUAUGGAAGUUGCCAACUACUGUGACUGUCUGGAUCCUUCAUACAGCACGCUGGGCUUUGACAAUGCUGAUGUAUUUUAUGGAGGAGGAGAGAGCAUGCCAGCAGAGUCGAGCCUGCCUUGUUCGGACGGGGCUAAUAGUAACUGUGCCAUCUGUGGAGACAAAGCCACGGGCAAACACUACGGCGCCUCCAGCUGUGACGGCUGCAAGGGUUUCUUUAGGCGCUCCAUACGCAAGAACCACGUCUACACCUGCAGGUUCAGCAGACAGUGUGUCGUUGACAAAGAUAAGAGGAACCAGUGUCGUUUCUGCAGACUCAACAAAUGCUUCAGAGCUGGCAUGAAAAAAGAAGCUGUUCAGAAUGAAAGAGAUCGGAUCAGCUCGAGAAGAAGCAUUUCUGACUCUCAAGAUCUUCCACCCAUCACAGUUUUGGCCCAAGCUGAAUCGCUAGCCCAGCAGAUCACCACUCCUGUUGGAAUAGCAGACAUAACAGAGCUGAAAUCCGCCACUGUUGGGGAUGUUUGUGAUUCUAUGAGACAGCAACUACUGGUUUUGGUGGAAUGGGCCAAAUACAUUCCAUCCUUUGGAGAACUACCUCUGGAUGACCAGGUGAGCUUGCUCAGGGCUCAUGCAGGUGAACAUCUCUUGCUGGGCGUGGCCAAAAGGUCAAUACCAUUCAAGGACUUUCUGCUUUUAGGUAAUGGCUGUGUGAUACACAGGAACAGUCCAGAAUCUGAGAUCUCCCGAGUUGCAAACCGAGUUCUGGAUGAGCUGGUCCAACCUUUCCAGGAUAUUCAAAUCGAUGACAAUGAGUAUGCUGCACUCAAGGCCAUUGUCUUCUUUGACCCUGAUGCAAAGUCUUUGCGGGAUCCUUCAAAGAUCAAAGCCACGCGUCUGCAAGUCCAGAUGAGUCUGGAAGACUACAUUAAUGACCGGCAGUAUGACUCGCGGGGUCGUUUUGGGGAGCUGCUACUCCUUUUGCCCACCCUGCAGAGCAUCACUUGGCAAAUGAUUGAACAACUCCAGUUCGUUAAGCUGUACGGUCUUGCCAAGAUUGACAACCUGCUGCAAGAGAUGCUGCUAGGAGGCUUGAUGUCGGAGAACACUCACCUGCAUCAUCCGCCGCACACCCAGCUGACCCAAGACCCCGCAACUGGGAACACACUGCUCAUCAGCACGAUGCCGAUUGCACACCCUCAGCAGAUAGCCUCUCCAGACACCCCCAUUCCAUCCCCUCCACAAGGUCAAGCUCCUGAGAUGUAUAAACACUUUCCUCAGCCCAUUUGUCCCCCAGCCAGUCCUUCACCUUCCACACAGACAGACCCCUGAUGUGAGUGCAGUGUCUUUUUAUAUUACUGUAAAUCAUGCCUUUGGUCUCAGUCAUGGAGAACAAGAAGAAAAAUUGAGUCCUGUCCAGUAUUUGGACUUAGAACAGUAGACUCCUUGCUCAUUUCUUUUAAUCAAAAAGCCAAGAUCCAAUAUGCUGCAACAUUAACGUGAAUGUUUUCAAGUUAAUUGUAGCAAACAACCAAUGUAACAAUAUUUGUCAACUGUAUUUUGUUUAAUCAAACACUUAAUAAUAAGAAAGUAGGUAAGAAUAUCAGUUUUCAACCUGCCGACUGUCAAAAUAAAAUCCUUUCCGAACUGCUUGAUUAUUAAAACAGUAAUAAUACCAAGUGUAAAUGAAAGACAAAUAAUAUUUGCUCGCAAAAAUGUUGAUAUAUUCUGACAUUUUAAACAUUUUAUACAUUUCUGUAUAUGGUAUCUCGCAAAGGGAUUUUAGGUGAUGUAAAUACAUUUUAUUAAGAUGUUGAUUAAUGUAAUGACUGUAAUCACUUAAAUUAACCCAUUACUGAAUUGAACUGUAUAUUUAUUUGGAAAUAAUGUACAUAUUAAUUUUUGUUCUGUAAAUUUAAGAGGACCCUUCCAAAGCAAAACCAAACAAAACAACAAUAACCGUGUUACAAAAUGUAAUAAUGUCAACUACUGCAUACUGUCAUACUGAGAGGUGUUUCUAAAUAUUUUGGUUACCCCAUUGAGUUGCUCUCAGUAUGAUGCAGCUCUGUAAAUACUACAAUAAAUUAAAAUUAAUACCUUCCAGACAGUCAAUCAAAACAGAGUAUUAUUGUCUUUAGGUAGAUUUUUUUUUUACACAAUUCUUGUAUUGAGUUUUGUAUCAAAAAGCGUUAAUCACCAACAGUUUUUUUUAUACAACAUGCGUACCCGUUAUCCAUAUCAAUGAGAUUAUUAUUGUUAUGAAAUAAAAAUUAAAAAGCAGGUUUGUUAGAAAAGGAAAAUUACUCCCAUAGAAUGUAUAGCAUCCAUUGGUAUCAUGAGAAAUGUUUGUUACUCACAAAAUGGAAAACUACUGCUACUUUAGUUACUUUAUUUUUACUCAACGAGGAACAAUAUCCACAGGCACAGAAUAGCAUAUUGGCAAAUAUAACUUGGAUAUGUUUUUUUUCCAUGUGCAAUCAUACAAAGGCAUGCUUGUCCACGACUUCUCUGAGAAAGUCAUCAUUCCCACGCACCUUUCCAUCCGUCAGGGAUAUACAAGUUUGUACGCGGGCUCGUGAAAGCUCACUGCCGGAUGAUGCCGUUCAUCAAAAAAAUCCAACUAGUUUCCCUCUUUCAUUUAUUUGACCAGACACAUACUGAGGCAAUGCCUAAAGCCACACCGGGAAAGCUGUACUUUUAAAUAUGUGUUUCUUCGCAUGCACACUAUCUUAUUGUAGGAGUGUGUACUGGGAGUGUGUAUUGUGUGUGAGUGUGUGUGUGUGUGUGUGUAUUCUCACACAUUGUUGAUGAGGCCAGGGGAUAAAAUUGAGAACUCCUCUUCUCUUUAUGUUGUUGUUUGACUCUCAAAAAAAAAAAAAAAACAAGAACAAAAAAAAAAACACUCAGGUUAUUUAUGGCCAUCUAGAAUCAACACUGACCAAAUCCUUCUAUCAACUCCUUAAUAGACACGCUGUCUGGCUCAGGUCAAAAUAACACCAAGUCACAAUGGGACACGCUACGCAUGGAUAUAUACUGUAUGUGUGUACGCUCCUGCCUGCAAUUUAUUUAUGUGUGCCGGCACAUGAGUGCACACUGUGUGUUUUUGGAAGAAUGUAUAUCCAGGGAACUUUAAUCAAAGGCACAGUGUGGAGACACGGGGGCCUCGUCGCUCGCUUCUUCCUCAGAUAAAACUGCGUGUUAGCAUGCCAGUCACAUAUCUCAUCUGAGAGCCUCGUCCUCAAAUCUCACACAGCACACUAUCACACACCACCGUGAUGGCGGCUCCACCUGAGGAGGAUGACGAACGGCAGAUGUCAAGAUGUAGGGAUGGAGGAGCACAGGAUGGACAGGAGUAUAGAUGCAUGUUAUUGAUUUUAUUGAUAAUAAUUUUGCUGUUAUUAUUUCCAUGAUGAUGAUGUUGAUAAUGAGCUUCUGAUUUUGUACAAACACACC